CCCCGUGCCACACUGGGAUCCGCCUGGCAGCCGCCGGGAGCCGCAGCCAAUGUGUUAGGACUUCAGGUGCUUCUUGGCACAAAGCUAGACUGCGACCUCCUACCAUAGCGCUUGGCGUCACCUGCUCUCCCGGCCCUGCCCCGGGGCCAAGGGACUGCGUCCCGAACCAGGCUGGGGAAUCGGCUGCCUCUCAAAUGAACCUCUAGUCUUGCUUUGAAAAAGCCAUUUUGUGUAACUCUUGACUGAAUAAUUUCCUAAUACACCUGUUGGGAGGAUCACUGACACAGUAUGCCAUUUGAGAGGUACUUUUUCUUGACCACAUACUGGUGAUUAGAGAAGAGAGGUGUUCUGUUUUUUUGUUUUUGUUUUUUUCCUGAUCAUUAUGAACAUUGGCUUUUCACUCCUGAAGUAAAAAUGUUGAAAACCGAGUCUUCAGGUGAACGUACCACUCUCAGAAGUGCCUCUCCUCACAGGAACGCAUAUAGAACUGAGUUCCAGGCACUGAAAAGUACCUUUGACAAACCCAAGUCAGAUGGGGAGCAAAAAACAAAAGAAGGUGAGGGCUCCCAGCAGAGCAGGGGGAGGAAAUACGGCUCCAAUGUCAACAGAAUUAAAAAUCUAUUUAUGCAGAUGGGUAUGGAGCCCAGUGAGAAUGCCACAGUCAUUGCCAAAACAAGGGGGAAAGGUGGACCUUCAUCCCCUCAGAGAAGAAUGAAGCCCAAAGAAUUUCUGGAAAAAACAGACGGCUCGGUUGUUAAGUUGGAGUCCUCUGUUUCAGAACGAAUUAGUAGAUUUGACACAAUGUACGAUGGCCCUUCAUAUUCUAAGUUCACAGAAACUCGGAAGAUGUUUGAGAGAAGCGUGCACGAGUCAGGACAAAACCACCGCUAUUCCCCAAAGAGAGAGAAAGCUGGAGGGAGUGAACCUCAGGAUGAGUGGGGUGGUUCCAAGUCCAACAGAGGCAGUACUGAUUCCUUGGACAGCCUUAGCUCCCGAACAGAGGCUGUCUCCCCAACUGUGAGUCAACUGAGUGCAGUAUUUGAGAGCACCGAUUCCCCCAGUGCCAUCGUUCCUGAGAAGGCUGAAAACGACUACUCAGUGACUGGGCAUUAUCCCCUGAAUUUACCAUCUGUUACUGUUACGAAUCUUGACACCUUUGGGCACCGUAAGGAUUCGAAUUCUUGGUCUCCUCCAAGCAAACACAAUGAUGCUGCAGAGGAUGCUCAGAAGAGUCAUACAACUCCAGUACCAGAAGUAGCUUCGAAGAGUACCUCUGUGGCUUCCGUGCCUAGUGAAGAGGCACAGCAGAGCAAGGAAGCCGAGGACUCCACAUCUAACCAGGAGACUCCUGACAGAAUUGACAAAGACACUCCUGAAGAACCCUGUGCUGAAAACAAGGCAGUGCCAGAGCCUGAAAUCCCUUCACCACAAAACGAACCUUUAGAAGACGCAGAAGCUAAUUUGGUGGGGAGCGAGGCAGUAAUGCAACAGAAGAAAGAACUUACAGGUGGUGAUUUUACCUCAGCUGAUGCUUGUAGAUUCAGUUGUGGAAAGGAAGUACCCGGAGAUUCAAACAAUUUUGAGAGCUCCCAUGUUUACAUGCACAGUGACUAUAAUGUAUAUAGGGUAAGAUCCAGGUAUAAUUCAGACUGGGGAGAGACAGGCACUGAACAGGAUGAGCAGGAAGAUAGUGAUGAAAACAGCUACUAUCAACCUGAUAUGGAAUACGCAGAAAUCAUUGGAUUACCAGAAGAAGAAGACAUCCCAGCAAAUAGGAAAAUUAAGUUUAGUAGUGCUCCAAUUAAGGUCUUCAGCACAUAUUCCAACGAAGACUAUGACAGGAGAAAUGAUGAAGUUGACCCUGUGGCUGCUUCAGCAGAGUAUGAACUUGAAAAGCGUGUAGAAAAGCUGGAACUUUUCCCGGUGGAACUAGAAAAAGAUGAGGAUGGACUUGGUAUAAGUAUUAUUGGAAUGGGUGUUGGAGCAGAUGCUGGACUUGAAAAGCUGGGAAUAUUCGUCAAGACAGUAACAGAAGGCGGUGCUGCUCAGCGAGAUGGCAGAAUACAAGUCAAUGACCAGAUUGUGGAAGUGGAUGGAAUCAGCUUGGUGGGUGUUACACAGAAUUUUGCUGCAACAGUUCUCAGAAACACCAAGGGCAAUGUCCGAUUUGUUAUUGGGCGAGAAAAACCGGGACAAGUGAGUGAGGUUGCCCAGUUGAUAAGCCAGACGCUGGAACAAGAGAGGCGCCAGAGAGAGCUGCUUGAACAGCACUAUGCUCAGUACGAUGCUGACGAUGAUGAGACAGGAGACUAUGCCACAGAUGAAGAGGAGGAUGAGGUAGGACCUAUUCUUCCUGGUGGUGACAUGGCCAUUGAAGUCUUUGAGCUGCCUGAGAAUGAGGACAUGUUUUCCCCAUCAGACCUGGACACAAGCAAGCUCAGUCACAAGUUCAAAGAGUUGCAAAUCAAACAUGCGGUUACAGAAGCAGAGAUUCAAAAAUUGAAGACCAAGCUACAAGCAGCAGAAAAUGAGAAAGUGAGGUGGGAACUAGAAAAAACCCAACUCCAGCAGAAUAUAGAAGAGAAUAAAGAAAGAAUGUUGAAGUUGGAGAGCUACUGGAUUGAGGCUCAAACAUUAUGCCACACAGUGAACGAGCAUCUCAAAGAGACUCAAAGCCAGUACCAGGCCUUGGAAAAGAAAUACAACAAGGCAAAGAAACUGAUCAAGGAUUUUCAACAAAAAGAACUUGAUUUCAUCAAAAGACAGGAAGCAGAAAGAAAGAAAAUAGAAGAUUUAGAAAAAGCUCAUCUUGUGGAAGUUCAAGGCCUGCAAGUACGGAUUAGAGAUUUGGAAGCUGAGGUGUUCAGGCUGCUAAAGCAAAAUGGGACUCAAGUGAACAACAACAACAACAUCUUUGAGAGAAGAACAUCUCUUGGCGAAGUCUCUAAAGGAGAUGCCAUGGAGAACAUGGAUGUUAAGCAGACGUCUUGUCAUGAUGGCCUGAGUCAAGACUUUAAUGAAGCAGUUCCAGAGACAGAGCGCCUGGAUUCAAAGGCAUUGAAAACCCGAGCCCAGCUCUCCGUGAAGAACAGACGCCAGAGGCCCUCUAGGACAAGACUCUAUGAUAGUGUCAGUUCAACAGAUGGGGAGGACAGUCUGGAGCGAAAGCCUUCAGACAGUUUCUGUAACCACAUGCAUGUUACCAAAUCACUUCUGCCCAAGGGUUUGCGAACUCCAGAAUCAGGUUCUAGUGCUCCAUCCCUCACUCCAGCGGCUGGCAGUGUGCCCUUCUCACCUGACCUCAUAGCUGAAUUUCAAGAAGGACUGCUGCACUCAGAAAGGGACCCUUCCUCCUCUACUGGGGGAGACACUUCACUCUCCUCACCUUCAAAAUCUGAUCAUGAUAUGGAAGAAUCUCCUCGCCACCGUCAAGCUACCACCAAGAAAAUACUACAAGAAAAAGAUGUUGCCAAAGGUCCCAGGUUACUAAGGGCAUCCAGUUCAUUGGUGGUGCGAGGAGGAAAAAUUAAGCGGAAGUUUGUGGAUCUGGGGGCACCUUUGCGAAGGAAUUCCAACAAGGGAAAGAAAUGGAAGGAAAAAGAGAAAGAAGUCAAUAGGUUUUCUCCAGGUAGCAGGCUCUUCAGAGGCAGGCUGGACCACUGGAAACCGAAGCCAGCCACCACCGCUCAGGCCUCCACUCGCUCAACUGGCCUGCCUUUCUCAUGGUUUAACGAAAGCCGGAAAGGAUCCUAUUCCUUCAAGAACCUGCCUUCGACUACAAGUCCCCUUCAGCCUUCUCCUGAAACUCUAAUUUCAGAUAAAAAGGGGUCCAAGAACUUUACCUUCAACGAUGACUUCAGUCCCAGCAGUACCAGUUCAGCAGACCUGAGCGGCCUGGGAGCAGAACCCAAAGCACCCGGGCUCUCCCAGUCCUUGGUGCUCUCGUCAGAUGAGAGCCUGGAUAUGAUAGAUGACGAGAUCCUUGACGAUGGACAGUCUCCCAAACACAGUCAGUGUCUGAAUCGGGCCGUUCAUGAAUGGAGUGUGCAGCAGGUUUCUCACUGGCUAAUGAGCCUAAAUCUGGAGCAGUAUGUCUCUGAAUUCAGUGCCCAAAACAUCACUGGAGAGCAACUCCUGCAGUUGGAUGGAAAUAAACUAAAGGCUCUUGGCAUGGCUUCGUCCCAGGACCGAGCUGUAGUCAAAAAAAAACUCAAGGAAAUGAAAGUGUCUCUAGAGAAGGCUCGGAAGGCUCAAGAGAAGAUGGAGAAACAAAGAGAAAAGCUGAGGCGGAAGGAACAGGAGCAAAUGCAGAGGAAGUCUAAGAAGACAGAAAAGCUGACAGAGGGGGCUGGUGAGCAGUAAGGCCCCCGGAGAGACGCCGCCACUUCCUCCUGCCCGCUCUCCCCUCGAGGAUGCGGGAGCUGAUGACGGGUAACGUGCUCUAGGCAGACUAGGGAACCGUGCGUUCAGUAACUGCAUUUGCUGCAAUAAUAGAAUACUCUCUUCCUUUUAACCUCCUGAGAUAAUCCCAAGCCACCUUUGGUUUCGUAACAAACCAACGAUCCCAUUUGUGAGAGACACCAAGUAGCGGUGUCUGUCUUCUUUUGUGUUGGGUGGGUGGUGUCACUUGGAAAACCAGCACGAGCCUGCCCAGCAGGAGCACGACGCACCCUGGUGGUGUCAGUGGGGCGCCAUGAAUUUUCAGUCUGGUUGCCUGCAUCUGGCCAGUGGCACACAUCUGUAUGGCCGAGAGCACCACUCUGCCAUGAGAUCUGGGCUGCGGAAUCUCCUCCAGAGUGUGGGGAAAGUGCCCCCUCGUAUCUGUGUCUGGACAGUGAGACAACCCCACUGCGGAAACGUGGGGGCUCUGCCACGUAAUUACCUACCAUGGCAAAAAAACAAGCAAACUGUUCUGCUUGCUGGGCAUCAGGAAGAGAGAAAAGAAUUAGUUAUUUGUUAACCCCAGAAGGAAGCAGAAGCCUUAAGAAUGUGAAUGUGGGUAUUACCUUGGGGUUCUGAGGGUAACAUUUAUCCUCCAGAUUUGGCCAAACAAAGAAAAAUUUAGACAUUAACGCAGCCAUGGGAUAUUGGGAUCUGUUGUUUACUUUGCUACUUCUGCGUGUUCAGUAUUUCAGCAACACUGACACACACAACACAGUUCCUUUUUCCCCCCAACAAAUUGAACAGGAAAUUGGUUUUUAAGGAAACCAACAUUUUCAGGUUUCCUCUCCCGGAGAACAUUCUGGCUGGUCUUCAGCCUUACUGUGACACAAUCAGGAAUUUGUCACAGAUUUUCUACUCAAGAUUUCCCCAGUGGGCUCGGUUAGUGUAUUAACAAAUGUACUUUUAAGAAAAAUAGAAAUACCAGUUAGAGAAAAGUUAGAUUUGACUAACAUUCAACCAGAGAAGCAACUAUGUUCCCGUAAAGGAGAGCUGUCAGUUGCAUUCUAGAGAUGUUUUAAAUGGUUUCCCUGCCCUUCUCUUCCAUUCUUUAGAGAGUUCCACUUCACAAUUGAAGUUUGUUUAAGAUGGUACCCAGGAUACAGUCUAGCAGUGCGGGCAGUUAUACAUAUUUUAAAGCCAGUAUUAAGGAUUUCAGUAUUUCAGCAAAUGAAUUCCAGCGCAGGCGACUGGGGCAGGGGAGAAGAUGGCUUGUUUUUUGGUUGUUGCUGCUGCUGCUGUUUUGCUUUUUAUGCUCACGUAUCUAGUUCUCUUUGCUGCACUGGCUGUAAAAAUGAGGUCAUCCACUUUCCUGGAGAUGAGUUUUAAAAUAAGAGUUGAGGCCAGACAAAUCCCUGGACAAGCAUUUUACUUCCUUUACUCCAUGGGGUGGGGGUGGGGGUCUCUGUCAUUAUCUCCCGCUGGAAAUAUUAUAAAUGCAGAGCUUAGGGGACAGUUUUCGAUGGUUACAAGUAACAGGUGGUGUAAAAGGGCUCCCGCCUAUGUAGCUCCGUCUCAUAUUUUGAACAUUGUGAUUUUUCUUUUUGCUUGUGUAAAUAUUGGAAAUCUGGAAUUGUCUAAACUAGAAAUUUAUAAUCCUUUUCUUUCCCUAAGGCCUGUUUCCUUUACAGUGACAAAGUACUGUCAGUUAGCUUCCCUUCUUUUGUCACUAGGUAUAGAAAUCAUUCAUUCCAUCCUUAGAAACAUCCUUAGAAAGUAACAUUGUGUUUUACAAGGAUCAAAGUCCCUACCUACUUUUUUCUGUCUCCCUUCAUCUGGGGUAUGAUAAACUGCCAUCCUGGAUACUCUGUUAUAUUUUGAGAUGUGUGGUGCUUUGCUGUUUAUUAAUAUCGUAAGAAACAAGGACCGACUCUUAAUGGACUACAAAAUUCAGCAAAUCUUUUUCUAAUACUAACAGACUAAAUUAGUCAAAAUCUAAUUAUGCCAGUGCUUGCUCUUGUAAAUUUUUGCCAUUUUUGCUUAUUUUGGGGGGAAAAAGUCAUCUGGAUCACACUGGAAGUUUCACUGUCUGCAUUUUAAGAGUGGAAAUAGAAGGACGAUUAUCUUUUGUAAAGUUUACACUUUAGGAUUAUUUGAAAAUGGAUGUAUAUACUGGAAAUGUCUAUAGUCUCUCUGCACAUAAUUUAUGAGCUAUUAUAUUGCAUUUUCUUAAAUGGCUUAGAAGUAUUUUUAAUUUUAACUUUGUUUGUACACUUCCAAUGCUGAGAUCAAUGACCAACUGACAAUAUUAUAAAUCAGAUUCUUAUUCGUCAAAUCAUUUAGUUUGUAUUAUAGCUGCUUUGACUUUUUUAAGUUAAAUUAUAGUAAUUUUAGGUCUUAGUUAUUUUAAUUACUAAUUAAAACUGCUGAAAUUGUAAAAGGCACUUGAUUUGAUUGUCCAACAAAGGGUAAGAUGUAAACUGCCUGAGAAGAGGGUAUGAAAACAAAGUGAAGGACCUCAGACCUUGUGAACGUGGUGUUUUCCUGUUAUUUCCUUUCCUGACGCUAGUGCAUGAGGCCUGGCUGAGCGUCUUACACGAUUCCUAUUUUAAUGCUAGUGGUUUUCAGUGUCAUGAACUUUAAGGGCUUUAUAGUUUUUUUUAAUUUACCAGAAGUGGACAAAAAAGGACUAUCUGGUUAUUAUAAGCUGUAUUCCCUAAAUGACAGCUCAGUACAACUCUAACAACAGCCACAAGCAUUUUGGGGAAACAGGUAAUGCUUUGGGGGACAGGGGAUUGGGAUUAUGGUGAGGCCAAGCUGUAGACCAAGAGCAUUGUGUGGGCUGAAUGUCUGGGGCAGGGUGUCCAUGAAAGGACUUGGAUCACUUUAGGUAAGACUAUCUCCCCUCAAGUAUCUCAGAGUUUAUAGGAAAGUUUUCUCCUCCUUUCUUUCCCUGCAUCAGAAGUUGACUGUAGCGUGAUGUGUUUGUUAGGGUAGAAACCUAACUUGACCCAUCCUAACACGCUGAUGGUGUCCACUGUUAGUUUCAUGACCACAAAGCUCUUCUGUGUGCUUCCCCUUCAGCUGGGACUGACGUGGAUUUCCCGCCCUCAGCAUCACGUAAGCAUUUUUAACCCACAACAGUUCAUGACUGCAGUGUGACAGGUGCCAACUCCACACUCUGCUUCUCAGGGGCCCGAAAGGGGAACAGCCCCCUAGUGCUUCUUUGUCCUUGUUGGGAACAAAGGGGCAAGAGGACAAGGGAGAAACCAAAUGGCUGCUUACCUCUCAUCCUGUGGUUACCGCCACCCCGAAAUCUUCAGGUCUCCCAAGGCCCGAGCUGCAGCCCCAAGCUGGGUGGUUGGAUCUAGCACCUUAAAUAGCCUUCAUGGCUUUUGCUGAAGACAGUUGCUUUAAAAUUAUAUUUUAAAAGGGAAAUGAAAAUUCACCUUUAUAUGGUGAUUCUAACUCAUUUGGAAGUGUUAAACGUUGCACAGCCCAAGCCACAGGAGAGGAGGCUCGUGUCUGAGCACAGGAUUCAGGCAGCUUCAAAAGGGAAGUGUCGCGGUGAUGGGGUCUCUCUGCUGCGGAUGUGACACAGCCCCUCGUCACACUGAGAUAGUUCAGAGGUACCAACUUCCACUGGAGUGACUGCAUUUACUGUCCCCACUGGAGCUGCAGCUGAGGGACACUUCAGCUCAUGGACAGCAGCCUGUAGGGUUCACGGCACCUGCUUAAUGCCAAGAAGUCCUCAGUGCUUUCUAAACGAAAAGGUAAAAUGGAAAAGAGAAGCCCAAUUUUUAAACUAUCUUCCCCAGUUUACCUUUAAUCAAGGAUCUACCAAGUACACUGUCCUGAAGCCAAGUAUUUAGGGAGAAAGUCCAGAAAUAAAAUGCCUAUAUUUUCUAUUAGAAUUGUCUUCCUUAUGAUGACGGAGGUGGGGAGUAAAUUCUCGAAAGGAAACAGCGUUGUAAGAAAUGCAUACGCGCUUCAGUGAUUCACUCCUGGAGAGCAGCCUGUGUACACGGGCAGAUCUUAUUUAUAUUUGUCUUAGGCGUUUGAAGUCUCAGGAAAUUUAGUCUCAGCCCAAAACAUUUGGGGAAAAAGUAACACCAGACAGUACACAAGUAGUACUUAAAGCAGCAGCAAAGAACAGGCCCUACCAAGAAGCUGAAGGGCAAAGAAGCAAGCCUACAGAAACAAUGUCCCCUAGAAAACGCCAACAUCAGGUUCUACCUUAUGGAACAAGAGGGUCCUUACGUGCUAGUGGCUGGUGUCUGUGUGGAUGUGCUGGAGAAUGGUGGUAACUUGAAGACUCACAUAUGUGAGUGUGUGGACCAAGUGUGGCAUGGGACCUGCUCCCAGACCUACAAAGUAGGGAAGGAAAGAAACCUGAUGAUCCCCAAGCCUUGGCCCCACUCCAGCCCCAACCUCCGCAUCACUAGGGACUCAAGAAUGAAUAGGUAAGGAGUAAGAGAACAAGAGGCAACUUCCCAAGUAUAUGCAUGCCGUUUGUGUAGAUGUACAGAACUGCAUACGUGUGACUGCAUCUCCCGCCGUACAUACACACACCGCAAUCACAUGGCAUUAAAAAUACGUAUUGUACAUGGGACUUGGUAACGUCAGAUAGGACUCCGAGCAGUAUCAUAGCCUUAUUGCCACUUUGUGUGUGUGUGUACCUUGAAUGGCUCAUGAGAUUUUAAGAAUUUUUUUUUAAUGUAUUUCUACUAAAUGCACUUAUCCUUCUACUUGUUUAUAUAUUUUGGUAAAAUUGAUUUACUAAAUUCUUGGUAUUUUAGUAAGAUGACAUUUCCUCACAUGUUUGGUUAAUGCAUUGAUGUCAAGAUUGCACAUUGCUGAGUGGAAGCUCAGAGUUUAUGCAGCUUUGGGUGUUUUCAACUGCAGACUGCAGUUCCCUUGAAUAAAAAUGGCACUGUGUGUUCUUGUGCAUUUGCGCACAUUCUAAAAUGAUGUAUUUGGUCGCUGUGAUGCUUAAGCCACCAACGACUGGCUCUCUGAUGGCAGUGUUGCCAUCACGUGACCAUUUCUUUACUUCUUUUGUGGAGUGAUGACUGGUUAGGUCAUCACCAAAUACAUCCAAACGGAUGUGAGCAUGAGUAUGUUGUUGGAAGGUGUACACUUCUGUCUCCUUCAGCUACCCGAUUCACACACCCAGGUUUUCUGUCAAGAAUUUAAUCUUUCAUCUGUGAAAGGACAAUUGGCCAAAAAUAAUCAAAUUACCUUAAAAAGUGGGAAUUAAGAGGCACUCCAGGUAGGUAACACCUCCCAACAACAUCAGAUUUAAUUAGUGCUUAGUGAAAACCCUUAAAUAUGUCUGUAUAUGUUUUCCUUAAUAUUUAUUUAUGGUCAUCAUGACUGCUUUUGUACUUUUUAAUGGUGUUGCAAUUAAACCACUGGUACACCUGCUACAGAUCACUAACAAAACUGGCCAGCUAAAAAGAGAAAAAAGAGAGAAUGAAUUCUAUUCCAUUGUUGAGAAGUUGAUUUAUUUUCAUCUCUCUUUAUGUGUCACUAAAGGAAAAGAGUUGUUUGGAAACCAUUUUAAGUCCAGUGAGUAUGGACAGCAUGUUAUCUGAAAAUUUUAAUUUGUACCUUCUGGUGUCUGGUCAUUUGCAUGGAAGAGACAGCAGUGCCUCGUCUGCAUUGUUCUCGUGUGCUUGGUUAGUACGUACUUCUCUAGAUUGUUCUGUUUCAAACAACAUUUCUUACUCUUUGGUUUUCAGAGGCACUCAAAGCAAAACAUCACAGUGGCCCUUUGUUUUCUGACCCAUCUAAAAAUACCUGUGAUUCCAUUUAAUUCGUUAGUGUAAAUAAAUUUCUUGCCAAUGAGUAUUAUUAUUGUUGUUAGACAACGAAUGCAAUAAAAAGAGAAAUACUAAGAUCU